AGGGAUCCGUUGUCGAUAUGCUUUGCGAUUUUUUUUAAUUCAUGGACGAAUUCGAUUCGAGAACAUGUCAGAUACAUUUAGAGGGUUGACGGCAGCAUUGUUCGAGUCGUAUUUCCCGAAGAGUUUUUAAGGCGUAUUUCGUCCAAACAUGUCUGCAAUAAAAACAUGGGUCAACGAUCAUCUCCACGACUUGAUCGGAUUAUCAGAUGCAACAAUCGUUGACUUCCUUGUUGGUGUUGCUCGAGAAUCCGGUUCAGCAGCUUCGUUGCUGAUGAAACUCGAAAAAGCCGAAGUCGUGGAAAUGAGUCCGAAAAUGGAAGACUUUUUGGCGGAUCUGUGGCUGAAGUUACAUCCGCCGGCGACGAAAUCCUAUCGACCCUCAUCGCCAGAGAAUGUCUUUGCGCGUCCGUCUGCUCCAGUUCCUCGGAAAAGACGUCCUGCUAAAAAACCCACUUCUGACUCUGAAGAAGAUGAUUUCGAGUCUGAAGAAAAAGAGCGUCAGAAAGACCUCGCGGCUCGCGACGAAUUUGCCAAUCGGAUGAAGGAGAAGGACAAGGAAGCGACCAGAAAAGUUGCCGAAAAGCAGUCGCAAAAGGCCGUCGAAGAAGCAUCGAAGCGUUUAAAACUCGCCUCCGAUGUCGGGAAGAGCGGUGAAAUCAUCCCCGUUCUGCGAAAAGAAUCCCGACGAGAGUAUCUCAAGAAACGGAAAGCUGAGAAAUUGGAGGAAAUGGAGGAGGAUAUUUUGGACGACGAAUAUCUGUGGGAUGAAACUCAGUUGACUGACAAGGAGAAAGAAGAAAGAGAUUAUAAGAAAACUGUGUUGAAAUUGGCCAAAGAACAUGAUGCAGCUGGAUCGUUGGAAAAAAUUCAUCGCUACCACCUUCCGUCGGAAGAUCAGCAGGAAAAAUAUGUUGAGGUCGAUGACGAAAGAUUGCGGCAACCGAAUUACGAACAGACUAUAUGGGAGGAGGAAAAACUUGCUCGAGCUAAAAUGACUUUCGGUGCAAAAGACCGGAAGCCUCGUGAAGAAGAGUAUGAGCUUAUUUUGGACGAUAAAAUUGACUUCGUCAAAUUUGCGACUCUGGGUGGCGACGAUGAAGAAGAAAAACCGGAGCUGAUCAAGAAACGAGAGAGGCUGACGUUGCAAGAAGUUCGACGAUCCUUACCCAUUUACCCUUUUCGAGACGAGCUUCUUGCUGCGAUUGGAGCACAUCAGGUGCUGAUCGUAGAAGGGGAAACCGGAAGCGGUAAAACCACCCAGAUUCCUCAAUAUUUGCACGAAGCGGGGUACACGAAAGACAAAAAGAAAAUCGGUUGUACGCAACCUCGACGAGUGGCUGCGAUGUCUGUAGCAGCCCGUGUAGCAACAGAAAUGGACGUGAAGUUGGGAAACGAUGUUGGAUAUUCAAUUCGAUUCGAGGAUUGCACAUCGGAGAGAACCAUUCUCAAGUACAUGACUGACGGUAUGCUGUUGCGGGAGUUUUUGUCGGAGCCAGAUUUGUUGUCCUACUCGGUGUUGAUAGUGGACGAAGCUCAUGAAAGAACGCUGCAUACGGACAUCCUGUUCGGUCUUGUAAAAGAUGUUAGUCGGUUUCGUCCUGAUCUGAAGCUCAUCAUAUCUUCUGCGACGUUGGACGCGGAGAAAUUCUCCACGUUUUUCGACGAUGCACCGAUUUUCCGAAUUCCCGGUCGUCGGUUUCCGGUUGACAUAUUUUACACAAGAGCACCAGAAGCUGAUUACGUGGAGGCCGCUGUUGUGACGGUGCUGCAGAUUCAUUUGACACAGGAUGUUCCCGGCGAUGUGCUCGUGUUCUUAACUGGACAAGAUGAGAUUGAUACGGCACAGGAAAUUCUGUUGGAUAGAACGCGGAGACUGGGAUCCAAAAUCAGAGAAUUGGUCGUAUUGCCGAUUUACGCCAAUCUGCCGUCCGAGAUGCAGGCGAAGAUCUUCAUGCCUACGCCACCCGGAGCCAGAAAGGUCGUCCUAGCAACGAACAUCGCAGAGACUUCGCUAACGAUCGACAACAUCGUCUAUGUCGUGGAUCCCGGGUUUUCAAAACAAAACUCGUACAAUUCGAGAACUGGUAUGGAUUCGUUGGUGGUUGUGCCAAUUUCUCGUGCGUCUGCGGAGCAACGCGCGGGAAGAGCUGGUCGAGUCGCCCCGGGAAAAUGCUUCAGGCUUUACACUGCGUGGGCUUACGCUCACGAUCUGGAAGCGAAUACUGUUCCCGAAAUACAGCGAGUGAAUCUGGGGAAUGUCGUGCUGAGUUUGAAAUCAUUGGGCAUUCACGAUUUGAUGAAAUUCGAUUUUUUGGAUCGUCCACCGCAAGAAGCUUUGAUCGUUGCUCUCGAGCAACUUUAUGCCCUCGGAGCGCUAAACCACAAGGGUGAGCUCACAUUGCUCGGUCGGAAAAUGGCCGAGUUUCCCGUUGAUCCCAUGAUGGGGAAAAUGCUGAUCGCCUCCGAAAAGUACAAGUGUUCAGAAGAAGUUUUGUCCAUAUCCGCGAUGCUUUCCGUGAACGCAGCCGUGUUCUACCGACCUCGGGACAAGCUGUUGCACGCGGACGCCGCGCGCAAAAAUUUCUUCUCCAUGGGCGGCGAUCAUCUCACGCUGCUUCAAGUGUACACCCAGUGGGCGGAAUCGGAUUUUUCCCCGCAAUGGUGUUACGAAAAUUUCAUCCAGCACCGGUCUAUGAAAAGAGCUCGGGAUGUUCGAGACCAACUGGAAUCGUUGAUGUCGCGGGCAGAAAUCAAGAUGAUGUCGUCUGGUGGAGACAAUAUCGCUAUUCGCAAGGCCAUCACAGCGGGUUAUUUCUACCACAGCGCCAAACUCGACAAAGGCGGAAACUACAAAACCACGAAACACAAUCAUACGGUUAUGAUCCAUCCGCAGUCGGCGUUAUUCGAAGAUGUGCCUCGUUGGGUAGUUUACCAUCAACUCAUGUUCACCACAAAGGAGUACAUGAGAGAGGUGAUUGAAAUCGAAAGCAAAUGGCUCCUUGAAGUUGCCCCGCAUUACUACAAGCCCAAGGAUGUCGAGGACUCGACGAAUAAGAAAAUGCCCAAGCAACUGGGCAAAACAAAAGCAGAACUUGCUGGUGUUGUCGGUUGACUUUGUUGUUCAAGUUGAAGAGAUGUUUUUCCAAUAAUUUGAAAAUGAUUUUCAAGAAAAUAUAAUUCUGUGAUGA